AUGACUAUACCCCCAUUACUUCUUACGAAUGGGAUGUUUAUCAUUGAUGACAUUGAAACUCAGGAUGGUAGGAAGUUUAGAGAUGUACCUGGAGGCGCUGGAACAUUUACCAUCUUAGGAGCCCAAGUUGUUCUCAGCUCUCUUCUUCAGGCUCAUGAACAAAAUAAUUUUAUCAGAUGGAUAGUAGAUAGAGGUGUAGAUUUUCCUCAGAAAUUGACUUCCAUUAUUCAUUCUUGGAAUUCGGGUGUGGUCUUCAGGGAUGAUCAUUCUAGAUUAACUACAAAGGGAAUCAAUUAUUAUGGAGAAAAUGAACUUCGAACAUUUGCAUAUUUGACUCCAAAGAGACAGAUUGGCGUUAAGGAUUGGAUAGAAAUUGUUGGUGGAGUAGAAAAUAAUAUGAAAGCGGUACAGGGACUUCACCUCGUUUGUUCACCAAAACGUUGUCUUGAUAUUUUAAAUGGAUUAAAUAGAGAGAACUCAGACUUGACCAUCUUUUGGGAACCCCUUCCUAGUUGUUGUAACAUCGAAAAUUUAGGUCUCAUUCAAGAGGUUUUAAAACGUAAGGAGAGGGUAGUAAUUUCUCCAAACUCUGAAGAAGCUGCAAGAAUGUUUGGUUUGGGGGAACCAAAUAAUUACGAGGAAUACAAAAGUGUCCUUCUCCAAUUCAAUGAUGAGAAAGUUAUGAAUGAUAAGAAUAUUUGUGUAUUAAGAUGUGGAAAGGAUGGUAACCUCGUAUUAAGUCCUAGAAACACUUCAUUAAAAAGAAAAAUAUCCAAGUUUCCAGCAUUUCAUUCAAAAUCGCAAGAGAAAGUGAUUGACCCAACUGGUGGUGGUAAUUCCUUUCUUGGUGGAUUUGCGGUUGGAUUUUUGCUGACAAAGGAUCUCGGUAUUGCCAGUAUUUGUGGGAAUAUAUCCGCAGGUUGUAUUAUAGAACAGAUAGGUAUUCCACUGUAUAACCCGACUACGAGGAAUUGGAAUAAUCGAUCGUUUGAAGAAAGGUUGAUUGAGUACAAAGAUACUCAUGGUUUGGAUUUUUCUGUCGAGGAAGUAUACAAGAAUUUGAAUGUAUCAUUAUCAUUAAUUAAAAAGACAAACUAUAGCAUUGAAUAUAAAAAUCUAAGCUGA